CCCAGUGCUUUUGCUUUCACUUUGACUCAGAGGGAAAUGACCUUUUCCUCCUAGACAAAACGCAGACAAAUCUUCUUUUACUUUCACUCUUUCAGUCUCUGAGCACAGUAACAAUGGCAGAAGCCAGCAUUUCAGUUGCUCAGGACCAUUUCACGUGUUCAAUCUGUCUGAAUCUACUGAAAGAGCCAGUGACUACUCCAUGCGGACACAGCUUCUGCAUGGUGUGUAUUAACGGGUUUUGGGAUGAACUGGAUCAGAAGAAAUCCUACAGCUGUCCACAAUGCCGAGAGAGAUUCACUCCGAGACCUGUCCUGCGCAAAAGCAACGUGCUGACUGAGAUUACUGACCAGCUGCAGAAAACCGACCAGCAAACCUCUUUCGUUCAAACUUUAGACUUCAUCUCCCAGGAAUCUCAGGAUGUGGAGUGUGAUUCCUGCAUCGGUGUGAAAGAGAAAGCUGUGAAGUCCUGCCUGACAUGUCUGGCUUCAUACUGCCACACACACCUCCAGCCUCAUCAUGAAUCUCCUGCUUUCAAGAAGCACACUCUGAUCUCAGCCCUGAGUAACCUCCAGGAGAAAAUGUGUGCUCAGCAUAACAAGCUUCUUGAUGUUUUCUGCCGUAAGGAUCAGAGAGUGAUCUGCUACCAGUGUUCUGUAGACAAGCACAGUGACCACGAUACUGUCCCAAUGCAAGAUGAGUGGAUGGAAAAAAAGAAGUACUUUGAGGAUCUACAACUACAAUAUCAGAAUAGUCUUAAGAGCAGAGAGAAGAAAUUACUGGAGCUAAAGGACGUGACCGAGGCGUACAAGCGCUCUGUACAGGAGGCAAUGAAGGACAGUGAGAAGAUCUUUGCCGAGCUGCUGGUCUCCAUUGAGAAAAGGCAAUCUGAGGUGGCUGAAAAGUUCAGGGCUCAGGAGAAAGCUGAACUGGCUCAAACUGCAGGAGUGCAAAAGCAGCUGGAGCAGGAGAUUGCUGACAUGAAGAAAAGACAAACUGAGCUGGAAAAGCUGUCCCAGACCAAUGGAUACAUCCAUUUCCUCCAGAGAUUUCAUUUCCUGAGCCCUAAACUGCAAACUCCUGACGCGUUUAAGGUCACUUUCAAUCAGCAGUGGUCCUUUGAGAAUUUCAAGAAAUCUAUCCUUCAACUCAAGGAGGAAGUGGAAGACUUUUGCAAGGAAAAGGUGGAGAAAGUUUCUGAAAAUGCUGUGACCCUUGACCAGAUCAUUAUAAUGCCUGAGCCAGAGACCAGGGAGGAAUUCCUGAAAUAUUCCUCUCAGCUAUCUCUUGAUCCCAACACAGCAAACAAUUUCCUUGAGCUGUCAAACGAUAACACACAUGUGAAAUGUGGUAAAAAUUCCCAUGGAUAUCCUGAUCAUCCUGAGCGAUUUACAGAGUGGCAGCAAGUGCUUUGUAAGCAGAAACUUCCUCUGCGUAGUUACUGGGAGCUUGAGGUAGAUGGUGACACUGGAGUUUCCAUUGCUGUGUCUUAUAAAGCCAUCAGCAGAAAGGGAGCUAAAAAUGUGAGUCGUUUUGGACAUAAUGCGCAAUCAUGGAGAUUAGUUCGAUAUAAUAAUAAAAAAGCCUGCUUCUGGCACAAUGAUAUCAACGUUGAACUCUCAGAUCUAAAAUCCAAACGAAUUGGGGUUUAUCUUGAUCAAAUGGCUGGGACUCUGGCUUAUUACAGUGUUUCUGAUAAAAUUAAGCUAAUUUAUAAAGUCACAACUGCAUUCACUCAGCCCCUGUAUGCUGGGUUUGGGAUUGGUACCAACUCCUUCGCUAAUAUUUGCCUUCAGCCUUCGGCAGCUAGAGCUGCUGUUGCUGCUGCUGAGAGUUGUUCAAAAAUGAAAAAAUGAGUUCUAAUAAAAGAAAAAUAGGAAAUGUGAUUUAUCCUUUUGAAGAGCUUAGCAUGUGCAUAGAUUUCUGAUCUAAAAGUUAUAUCCUAGAAACUAGAUACAUAUUCUGACCCACUAUUCCUGCAAUCCAACUGUUUUCCAAAUUCUUACUAAAUUAUCUGCAUUGAUCUCUCAACGCUUUAGCUUCUCUGCUACAAAUGGAAGGAUAUUAUUAAUUGCAAUGGCACCAUGCUCUCUCUUAUGACUCCUAAGCAAGCUUCCUACCCCUGACCCGUACCCUGAUCAUACCCCUAGAGGGCCUCUGUACCGUGUUCCAUAGUGCACACUUCUACAGGUAUAAUUCUAAUGAAGGCCAGCUUUAUUUGUCUUUCUCUUAAUUAAUGCUGCUAAAUGUGUUCACUGUUAUUCAGAGAGUUUAUCUAUAACAUUUGAAUCAGGAUGGAGUUAUAAUGGCAGUACUCACUGUAAGUAAUACAUGUAUAUGUAUAUUACAUAUAUGAGGUGACAUAAGUAUCGGUCCAAACUCUCAUCAUUGGAUCUCUCAUCAUUAUGAUAUUAUGAAAUGCUCCACAUAUGCAAGCAGGUCAAUUAACCUGCAAGCAGCUCAAGAAGAUCACAAACAAAAACAGUAAGUGCAUAUUAGGAACUGUGACUGAAAAAUGCACCGUGGAAUUGUAUGUUAAAAUUAUACUGUAUUAAACAUUGUAAUCAUUCAUUCGGAAAUAAAUAAAACAUAAUUAACAAGCCAUAA